AUGGGCAGUAGAUUCUUGCUCGCAUUCUUCACACUAUCAGCUCUGUUCCUAAUCCUCCACGCACGGGCCGGCGGGUUGGGUGUCGGUUCAGAGCCCGGCCCGGGUAUCCCGAGGAUUCGGGCUCGGACUCUGCUCCAGCAACCAGAGCACGGCAUAGCGGAUCCGCCGAGGGUAAUGGCCGACGGCGCCGCUGAAGGGAGAGAAAGUGCGGCUGAAGCUCCGACGGUGUUGGACGGCGGGGAAUUGGGGAGACACCACUCGGCUGCAGGCGGAGGUGUCAUCAUCGGCGGCCUCGUCACCGCCGUUUUGGCUGCUGUUUAUUGCUACAUUCGGGUGACUAGGAAAAGGCCUGCUGUGAAUGGUGGGUGA